CGCAGGAGAGGCGGGACUCCAGAGUGAAAACGUUCGGGAAAGAACCGAGCGGAUAACAACACUUUCUCUCUCUUGCGAAAUAAUCGGGGGAAAAAUAUAAAAUAAAAAUAAAAAGAAUGCAGAUCACGCUGAAAACCCUCCAGCAGCAGACGUUCAAAAUCGACAUCGACGGAGAGGAGACGGUAAAAGCCUUAAAGGAGAAAAUCGAGAAUGAAAAGGGGAAGGAGAGCUUUCCUGUCGCUGGACAGAAGUUGAUCUAUGCAGGCAAAAUCCUUAACGAUGACACCGCACUUAAGGAGUAUAAGAUAGAUGAGAAGAACUUUGUGGUCGUCAUGGUUGCAAAGCCUAAAGCGGCCCCUGCCGCCGCUCAGCCUUCUGCCGCCGCCACGACGACCAGCAGCACCUCCUCCAGCACUACAGCUCCCACAACCCCCUCAACCGCCUCAGCAGCAGCCAGCGACAAACCCGCGGAGAUUGCCCCGAAAGAGGACAAACCGGCUGAAGAGAAACCGCCUUCGAGUGCAGCGCCCUCCUCCACACCUGCCAGUUCUGGUGGACUGACGAAUGUGAACAUUUUCGACGAAGCGACUUCUGCUCUGGUGACGGGUCAGUCGUAUGAGAACAUGGUGACGGAGAUCAUGCUGAUGGGUUAUGAGAGAGAGCAGGUGGUGGCAGCGCUCAGGGCGAGUUUCAACAACCCGGACCGCGCCGUCGAGUACCUGCUGACGGGCAUCCCUGUAGAGGGUGAGGGCAAUGCAGGUGGUGCUGAUCCAGUGGCUCCAGCAGGGGGCACUACUGCUGCCACCACUGGCCUCUCCUCUCCCUCCAGCACAGCUCCGACACAGCCCAGCGCUGGAUCAGGUGCUAACCCUCUGGAGUUUCUGAGAAAUCAGCCGCAGUUCCUGCAGAUGAGGCAGAUCAUUCAGCAGAACCCCUCACUGCUCCCAGCCCUGCUGCAGCAGAUCGGCCGAGAGAACCCCCAGCUACUGCAGCAAAUCAGCAGCCACCAGGAGCAGUUCAUCCAGAUGCUUAACGAGCCUGCACUGGAAGCGGGGCAAGGCGGAGGCGGUGGGGGCGUGGCUGAGGCUGGAGGCGGGCACAUGAACUACAUCCAGGUCACACCCCAGGAAAAGGAAGCCAUUGAGAGGCUAAAGGCCCUAGGAUUCCCAGAAGGACUUGUUAUACAGGCCUACUUCGCCUGCGAGAAGAACGAGAACUUGGCGGCGAACUUCCUUUUACAACAGAACUUCGACGAUGACUAAAGGGAGACAUAGUCGUUUUGAUUUAUCCCCUACCUAAAUCGCCCCCCGUUUUUUUUCUGUCAAUUGAUCAUAUUGGGAAAAAAAGAUAAAAAUUAUAUACAUUCAUACACAGGCAGUCGUUUUCUUUGAUAUUUUUUUUUUUAUUUCCUGACAGUUGCAUCUGCUUUUGACACACUGGAUGACUCCAUCGUGUUUGGUGGAAGGCGAGCUCGUUGGUUUGCUCCUUUCUAGUUGGAGAAUCGAGUAAAAGCCAACUUGCUUCUUCUGAUAAUGACGCAGUGCUACCUGUUUCUUCUGUUUCUGCUUUUUUUAUUACUUCAUCAUUAAAUAUGAUUUUUUUCCAUUGUAAGGAAAUGAACGCUGGUUUAAAGGAUCGAUUGCCAAGUUAAUGUCUUCACCAGAUUUUUUCAAACAUCAAGUAUGAUUGGGAGGGUUUUGUUUAAAUGGCAUAUUCAUCAAUGUUCAUGUUAAUGAGAUUGCAUUCUCUCUCACUCGGACAAAGCUGACACAGGCAUCUUUAUUUUCCUCUCUCUCUCUCUCUCUCUCUCUCUCUCUCUCUCUCUCUCUCUCUCUCUCUCUCUCUCUCUUAUUUUCCGAAUUGAUCAGUAUAGGGACCCCCAGACACUUCAAACUGCAGUUUUAAAUGACAGUUAAAAGAUUUUUAAAUCGAUGACAGUGCUGUUACCAUUUCUAUUUUUGUUUUAUUAAAACGGUGAAAGAAAAUUCAGCUCUUCUUUGUAGUGCAUGCGACACGGACCCUGCAACGGGACUUUGCCCAGUUAGCGCCGGACCCUUGCUCUCCAGCUGACCAAUGCAGUCCCAUUAUACUUCCUUUAAAACAAAAUAAAAGAAGUUAAAGGCAUGUACAUUGCUUCCAUAGUUGCUAUAAUUAGUGUUGACAAUUACUAUCACUACAAAUUUACUGUCAUUUUUACAGAAAGAAAAUGAAUAAAACUUUUCAACAUAAAGAUCAACUCAUUUUUUUUUUUCGGUGGUGAGGACGGGGGACGGAAAUUUGUCAGUCGCUCAUGCUUUGCUUAUUUCCCCUUGAGACGAUUCAGAAUAGUGUCGUCUGCUUCAACCUAAAAUCAAAACUUCUGGUUUUUUUUUUUUGUUUGUUUAUUUUUUAAGUGGUGUUUGUUCAGGAUUCAUUAUGUGCAUUUUUUUUGUCCAAAGUCAGUUAUUUUCCCUCAUGAUAAUUUAAUAAAUACAUAUCGAAUUAUUCAA